CCUGGAAGAAGAUGGCCAACGACUCUUUUGCUGUAGCCUUAAGGAAUUUGGGGGGAACCCAUACAAUUCCGAAACCUGCUUCCAAAUCCAAGUCCGGAUCGGGAAAAAAUGAUGAAUCCGGGUCCUCCCGGCAGGAAGCGACUGGUGGGGAGUCCAGUGUUGCUGUGGAAAAGGUUGCUCUCGGGGUGGCUGUGGAGGUCGAAGAGUCUGGCAGCCCGGAUCUGGUUACCCGGGGGACAAAGAGGAAACAACCCUCGGGGAGGAAGGCUCCUGCGAAGGUUCCUAAGGCCAAGGCUGGCCGGGGUAAGGAGAUAAUGGCGGAGUCUGAGUCUGAUACUGAUGAGAGUGAGGACCCGGAGAGGGAGGAUACCCGGGUUGUUCUUGGUGCUGGCAAGUACUCGGCCAGGGAGAUAAUCAAGUUGAUGUCUGGUAUCCCGACUGAUGAGGACUGGGUGAAGAUGGAUGACACCGGGUUGGUGAAUACUUUCCGGGAGAUCGGGAGUCUUUGGGGGCAGCUUGGGGCUCGGCUGGCCGGGUUCAACACCAUGGCUUUUGAUGUUAUCAAGUCGGAAAGGGAUACUGCUGACGCGUGCGGGGAGCGGACCCGGAAAGCUGAGUCAAGCUUAGCUCAGGAAAGGUCGGCAAAGGAGAAGUUGGAAUCCGAGAUGGAUAAGCGGGUGAAGGAGGUCGAGACCCGGAUGCAGGCUGAGUGGAAGAAGAAAGUAGACGAUGCCGAGGCUCGGGCUGCUGAUGCUGAAAAGAAAGCGUCCGGGUUCGAGGGGGAAGUGGGCGUCCUGAAGAAAACCUUGGAGGAGAGAAAGGAGGCCGGGGUGGUCAUUGCCGAAUUCCAGAAUUCAACAGCCUAUGCUGAUGCUCUUAAUCAUGCCGCGGCAGCGGAGGUGGUCCGGUGUUGGCAUGUGGCCGAGCGACAUAUUAAAUCCGACCCGGGGGCUAACCUUCAGAGUUUCAUUGAGUUAUAUCUUGCUGCGAAGGAUAACAUAAAAGCCGGGAAGGGGGAACCUGAGCCUUACGAAGGUCCAUCCCCUAGCUUUAUUGCUCGCGCCAACCCGGAUGUCUCCACUGCUUCGGAUGUACCUGUUGACCCGGGCUCUAAUGUCAGCAUUCCCCCGGCGAAUGACCCUCCUGUCAAUUAGUCCUUGUCUUCUUUGAUUCUGAAAAUGUUCACUGAAACGAUCUUUUGUACCUCUGAAUUUGUUUUGCUGGAUUUGAAUAUUUGCCCGAGGUCUUUGUAGACCCGGGAUUGUGGAUGUUUGUUUUGAUGCUCUUUAUCAAAUAUUGUCUCGCCGUUUUUACUCAUGUGUGCUUUUGCCUUGCGGAUGCUUUUAUCUGUUUUACAUGAUCGUCAUUGUUUUCUAAGUAAAUAGAAGUGGAUGGACCCGGGUGACUUUUACCCGGGUUGGGUGCUUAGAUGUGUUUGCUCUUAGAUAAUUUUCUAAGUAAAUAAAAAUGGAUGGACCUGGGUAAUAUCUACCCGGGUUGACUGCUUUAAGGUGUUUGCACUUAGAAAUUUUCUAAGUAAAUAAAAGUGGAUGCACCCGGGUAACAUCUACCCGGGUUGACUGCUUUAAGGUGUUUGCACCUAGAAAAUUUUCGAAGUAAAUAAAAAUGGAUGGAUCCGGGUAGAUCUUUCCCGGGUUGAUUGCUUUAUAUAUGUUUGCACUUAAAAAACUUUUUCCAAGUAAAUGAAAUGGAUGGACCCGGGUAGAUAUUUCCCGGGGUGAUUGCUUUAUAUAUGUUUGCACUUAGAAAACUUUUUCUAAGUAAAUGAAAUGGAUGGACCCGGGAAGAUCUUUCCCGGGGUGAUUGCUUUAUAUAUGUUUGCACUUAGAAAACUUUUUCUAAUGAAAUGGAUGCACCCGGGUAACAUCUACCCGGGUUGACUGCUUUAAGGUGUUUGCACUUAGAAAACAUUUUCUAAGUAAAUAAAUAUGGAUGGACCCGGGUA